CAUUUGACGACAGGUGAAGAAGGAUCUUAAUCCGCGUUUGCUCUGGCGCUUAGUCUAAUGUAAGCAGUUUGCUCCUCUCUCCUUAUGCGGUACAUCUUCCGGUAAGCCGUGCAAACUCGUCCACAAUAAAAGGCGGUAGCCUUUGUCACAUCCCCUUUGUGAAGCUCGCACGGCCUAUAUAAGCUGUUCCCUUCUGCUGUCCCACACAUCAGUCAGCGAGGCCAUCUCCAGGAUCAAGAUGUCUCACUUCUUGCUUGGACUUGCCGUGAUCCUCGGCGUUUCUCUCAGCAUCUGUGGUGCCGAAGAUAAAAAGGUCGUGUGCUACCACGGCAGCUGGUCCGCCUACAGGAACGGAAACGGCAGGUUUGAGAUAGAGUACAUUCAGCCGGAGCUGUGCACGCACCUCAUCUACACUUUCGUUGGCAUAACGUCUGCAGGAGAGGUCAGGAUUCUGGACGAGUGGCUGGACCUUCCAAGUGGAAAAAACGCAUAUAACCGCUUCAACGCACUGAAAUCGUCCAACACGAAAACUCUGGUCGCCAUUGGAGGAUGGAAUGAAGGUUCUGCUACGUAUUCGGCUGUAAUGAACGAUGCCUCGCUGCGAGCAAAAUUCGUGCAAAACGUCGUGAAUUUCGUGAAGACGUACGGCUUUGAUGGCUUCGACCUGGACUGGGAAUAUCCGGCUAACCGUGGCGGUUCUCCAGGAGAUCUGACGGCGUUCGUUGAGCUGAUUAAGGAGCUGAGAACAGAAUUCGACAAAUACGGGUAUCUUCUGACGGCCGCAGUGGGUGUCGGUCGCUAUCUAAUCGGAACAGCGUACGACGUUCCACAAAUAUCCAAAUACCUGGACUUCAUCAACCUGAUGACGUAUGACCUCCACGGAUCGUGGGACGGCAAGACCGGACAGAACGCCCCACUGUACGCCAGCUCUGCUGACAAGACGGAGGCUGAGAGGCAGCUGAACGUGGAUUCGAGUGUGCGCUACUGGAUUGAGAAUGGAGCCGACCCCUCAAAACUUGUUCUGGGCAUGGGCACCUACGGGAGGACGUUCACCCUGUCCAGCACUGCCAACACCGGAGUCGGAGCCCCUGCAACUGCACCCGGCACCAACGGGCCAUACACCAUGGAGUCCGGCAUGAUGGGGUACAAUGAGAUCUGUGAAAAGAUUAACGCUGGUGGGUGGACAGUCGUUUGGGACGAGGAGCAGAAGGUGCCAUAUGCCGUGAACGGAAAUCAGUGGAUUGGCUACGACAACGAAGAAUCCAUCAGACUCAAGUCCCAAUACGUUCUCGACAUGGGCCUGGCUGGUGGAAUGAUCUGGAGCCUGGAGACAGACGAUUUCAAAGGCCUCUGCGGCUCGAAGACCUACCCUCUUCUCAGCACCAUCAACGAGGUCCUUCGUGGAAUCACCUCCACCAACAGCGGUUCCUCAAGUUCCAGCUCGUCCAGUUCCAGCAGUAGUUCCAGCUCGAGCUCCAGCAGCAGUUCCAGUUCCUCUAGCAGCAGCAACACGGCAGCGAGUGCCAGCAGCUCCUCCGGCGUCUGCAGCUCUGCGGGCUACGUCCGGGACCCCAGCGACUGCAACGUGUUCUACCUGUGCACCGCCUCCGGCAGCGGCUACAUCGCCAGCAAGUUCACCUGCCCAGGGGACCUCGUCUUCGACGAGUCUUCCUCUGCCUGCAACUACAAGAGCCUCGUCGCCUGCUGAGCACUCUCCCGUAGUCUGCCGAUACCUCGGCUUUGCACUCAAGUACCUGCUUCUUCAAAUUGUACUUCCGCUAGUCGCCAUGGCGUUCGUUGACUAAAUAAAGCUUUA